UUCCCAUUAAAAAUCUUUUAUAUGUUCUUUCUUUGUUUUAUUUGCUCGACCCAUACAGUGCACUGCCAUUUUCAUUCUGUUUGAGGUUCGGUGAGGUUGAUUAUGCUUUCUUAAGCUGCUCAGUGAACACUGAUGAACUCCAGGUAUGCAUUUGAGGACUUAUAGGCUGAACUGUAAGCAUCUUAUUCUGCAACAUUUAAAUUGUGUUUCAAUAGGUUGUUUUUGCGCCCAGCUGUUGGCUCCAUGGUGUAAGGAAUAUGAAUUGUGUGUUUGUAUUGACGUGACCGAGCUGUUGUCGGACAUGUUGGACAGCAGGCGACUCGACGCUGAUCGUGGGCGCUGAAAUUCUAGAUUGCAACGAAGAGCUAGGGUUUCGGGAUUAAAGCUGUAAGAAUGUGAAUCGUGUGUUUGUAUUGACAUUGAGAAGGGGCAUUUAUACCCACAAUUGUACAGGUUCAUGUAGGAGAAGGAAACUUACGUCAAUAUGAAUAAAGAUUUAUCCCUAAUACAUGGAACUUACCC